AUGAGUGCUAGUCGAACAGAAAUGGUUAUAUUAACUGGAAAUUCAUAUCCAGAGUUAGCAGAAAUGAUUGCAAGUCGUAUAAAACCCCUUGGCGAAUGCCGUGUGUACAAAAAAUCAGAUAAAGAAACACAUGUUGAAAUAAAAGAAUCUGUUCGUGGCAAAGAUGUGUUCAUCAUUCAAACUGGUUCGACAAAAGAUCCUAAUGAUAACAUAAUGGAAUUACUCAUAAUGACAUAUGCGUGUAAAACGUCGUGUGCACGGAAUAUUAUUGGAGUAUUGCCUUAUUUACCGUACAGUAAACAGAGCAAACAGAAAAAACGUGGAUGUAUUACAAUGAAAUUAGUCGCAAAAAUGUUAGUAAAAGCUGGUAUGAGCCAUUUGAUAACAGUGGAUUUACAUCAAAAAGAAAUACAAGGGUUUUUCGAUAUUCCUGUGGAUAAUUUAAGAGCCAGCUCGUUUUUAAUUGAUUACAUUCAACAACAGAUUCCUGAUUGGAGAAAUUCUGUUAUUGUUGCUCGAACCCCGAAUCAAGCUAAACGUGUCACAGGUUUCGCUGAACGUUUAAAACUAAGUAUUGCUGUCAUUCAUGGCUCACAAGGAACAGAAAGCGAUGGAGAAAAUGAAGAUGGAAGAAAUUCACCACCACCACCGUUAGGUACAAAAGAAGAAACGUCGAAACCGAUGUCAAUGACACAUCGAAAAUCUGUAUUCACAAUACCAUCAUUGGCAUUUGGCUCAAAAAAUCCGGUCAAAGGUAAAUUGCCGAUGGAUGUGGUGGGAGAUGUUGGUGGAAGAAUUGCUAUUAUUGUGGAAGAUAUGGUUGAUGAUAUUGCUGGUUUGGUUCAAGCUGCUGACAUUUUACGUGAGAGAGGCGCAUACAAGGUGUAUGUCAUGGCAACUCAUGCCCUCUUCACAACAGCGGAUCCAACAUUGAUUGAAGAUUCUCAGAUCUACGAAGUCGUUGUCACUAAUACUGUUCCACAUGAUUUUGCUAAAUUACAAUGCUCAAAAAUUAAAACCGUUGAUAUUAGUCUUUUACUCUCAGAAGCUAUUCGACGAAUUCAUAAUCAGGAAUCAAUGUCCUAUUUAUUUCGAAAUGUUGAAGCAAACGAUUAA